AUGGGGAUCCCUUUGUACGCCACGCUCUUGGAUCGCUGCUACGCCGCGCGAGACUCGUUCUUGCUGCUGCGCGCUCACGCGCGCAUUCUCACGAACGGGCUCGCCGAUCACGAUCUCCUGCGGACCAAGCUCUGCGCGGCCUACGCGCGCUGCGAUCGUCUCCAUGAGUCUCUUCUCUUGUUCUCCUUCGCCACUCGCCGGCCAACGUUUCUCUACAACUCACUCAUCCGUGCUCACGCGGAUCGCUCCCGGUUCGCCUUGGCGCUCUCCUUCUUCCAGUUCAUGCUCUCCGAUGGCGUUGCGGCAAAUGUUGCCUGCGUUGCUUCCACUCUUCGAUGCGUCGCCGGCGUCGCUUCCCUCCGCCUCGGCCGCCUUCUUCAUUCCCAUGCCGUUGUCUCGUCUCUCUUAUCUCAAGAUCCCUCCAUUCCCAACUCCCUCAUAGCAAUGUACUCCAGCUGUGGAGAUUUACCAUCUGCUCGCAAGGUGUUCGACGAUAUGCGUCAGCGAAAAAACUUGGUCUCAUAUACCUCAAUGAUCAGCGCACUUGGUACUCAUGGACAUUCCAAAGAAGCGUUCAGCUUGUUCGAGAAAAUCUUGGAGGAAGGUGAAAGGCCAGAUUCGAAGGCUAUCACAGCAGUGCUUGCGGCGUGCGCCCGUGAAGGACUGGUGGAGGAGGGGAGGCGAGUAUUCAAAAUGAUCAGGGCGCGAAGGUUUGGUGCAGUGAGCAUGGGAGUGGAGCAUUUUACAUGCAUGGUGGAUUUGCUUGGGACUGCGGGGUUGGUGGAGGAGACGGAGGUGUUGAUACAUGGGAUGGAUGGGAAGCCGGAUGAGGCGAUGCUCACGGCCUUGCUGAAGGCGUGCCAAACGCAUGGGAAAUUUGAUGCCACCGAGAGAGUGUGGGGUGUGCUGCUCAAGCAAUGCCGCAUGCGCGGGCGGCUGGACGUGGCCGAGAGAAUAGCGGAGCAAGUGUACGGGUCGGGGCGCUGA